GACGGAGGGUUGUUGACAAAUCCAGCUAGCCUUUGCUAGGUGGCAUGCCAUUUUCAUUGACAUUUUUUUACUAAAUCUUUCUUUAAUAAUGAGUUAUACAGAGGAUAGGCAUGGAACAAAACGACCAGCGUCUCCAAGUGACGAUGGGUCUACCCAGUGGGCAGCAGCGGAUCUGGGAAGCAACGAGAGGAAGCAGAAGUUUUUACGUUUGAUGGGCGCUGGCAAGAAAGAACCCACAGGACGCCUCGUCAUUGGCGACCACAAGUCGACGUCCCAGUUCCGCAGUGGGAACGAAGAUAAGAAGAUGAACGAGCAGCUAGAGAUGCAGUACCAGCAGAGCAUGGAUGGGAAGCUGUCGGGCCGGAACAGGAGACACUGUGGCCUGGGUUUCAGUGAGCCCUCCCCAGAGCGAGAGUCGUUGCCCUCCCCACCAGUGGACGGUCAGUUAAAAGACGCAGAGCCAGAGAAGUCCACCAGUGAAGAUGAACCCUCAGGUGCCCAGGACGAAGGCAGCGACCCCGACUCAGAGAAACAGACCUCAGACCAGGCCGGGUCCAGCUCAGACAGUAGCGAUGAAGAACAGAAACACAACGACAAAAUGGCCGUUGUGAAGUCGGCGUAGGGCUGCGGGGGCUCGCGGGGAGGAACUAGUUUUUGUAAUCUCAAAUUUGUACAUUUUGACGUUAUUUGUUUGACUGUAGGCGACCGCCCAUCUUUCAGUCCUUCUUACUGCGUAGAAACGGGUUCUCUGCACAAGCACUCGUCAUGACUGGCCGACAUCCUGGAGUGCACGUGGUCAAAGAAUUAAGUCUGCCGGCUAAAGAAGUCAGCUUUUGGUUGAGUGGUGGUCUAUGAAACUAAGAUGGCAAAUAGUCCCAUUUUUAUUUAGUUUGAACAUUUUAACAGUCACUGCAUUUGCCACAAAUGAUGUUGGAUGAAACGGGAUUGCUUGCCAUUCAGCAUGAUUGGUAUACACAUUGUACAUUCUGUGAAUUCUUGUUUGAAAACCAAUAAAAGGAAGUGUCUGUA